AUGCGCACGCAUCUCCUACGAGCGGCCAGGCCUGGUGGUCGUCGGUCCAUGUCAACAGUCCCUCUGAUGAUCAACAAUAAGGACGUCAUCACCACGACGACCGCGCCUACGAUAUCGCCCUUGACAAACAAGCCCGUCUGGUCAUUCUCAAGCGCAUCCGACGCGCAUGUUGAGGAAGCUGUGCAAUCAUGCCAGGCCGCAUUUCCAGCGUGGUCCAAGACCAAGGCGUCUCAUCGUCGGGAUCUACUUCUCUCCUGCGCUGACAUUGUCGCCAGGAGGAAGACUGAGCUGGGCGGGUACAUGCACCACGAGAUUGGGGCCGACGAGGGGUACCAGGACUUUAUCCUGGGAUUGACCAUUGACGGCUUCAGAGAUACAGCUGGUCGCAUCGCGGCCGCUGUCACGGGGACUGUCCCAGAGUCCAACCUGCCUGGUAUGAGAGCCAUGGUGCUCAAGCGGCCUUAUGGCGUGAACGUAGGCAUCGCGCCUUGGAACGCACCGUAUCACCUCGGUCUGCGAUCCGUCCUGUUUGCCAUCGCAGCCGGAAACACAGCCAUCCUCAAGGGGUCCGAGUUCACGCCUCGCUGCUACCACGCCAUUGCCGACAUCUUCCGCGAGGCCGGUCUGCCCGACGGCGUGCUCAAUCUGAUUCUCCACGCGCCCCAGGACGGGCCCAGGGUCAUCGACAAGCUCGUCACGCAUGAGCACGUCAAAAAGAUCAACUUUACGGGGAGUACGCGCGUGGGCAGCAUCAUCGCCAUGAAGGCGGGCGAGCACCUCAAGCCCGUGCUCAUGGAGCUGGGCGGCAAGGCGAGCGCUGUUGUCCUGGAGGAUGCCGACCUGGAGAAGGCGGCGCUGCAAUGCGCACUAGGCGCGUUUCUGAAUGCUGGGCAGAUUUGCAUGUCCACUGAGCGUGUCCUUGUCCAUGAGAGCAUCGCAGCCGAUUUUGAAAAGGUCCUUGCAGCUACCAUCAAGAAUGUCUUUGGAACCCCGGAAACGACGCCUGUGCUCGUCAGCGCAUCGUCGGCCUAUCGAAACCGCGAUCUCGUGGGGGACGCAGUCUCCAAAGGCGCCAGACCGUUUGACAUUCUUAGCGAUGUUCCAGCCGGCCAAGUAGAGACACGCAUGCAGCCCAUCGUGCUGCAAGGUGUGCGGGAGGACAUGGAUCUUUACCAGACAGAGUCCUUUGGACCCAGCACAUCGCUGUUCACCUUCAAGACGGAUGCUGAGGCCAUCUCGCUCGCGAACAACACCGCCUAUGGUCUCUCGGCAGCCGUCUUCACCAAGGACCUGAACAGGGCGUUCAAGGUGGCGGAGGAGCUGGAGAGUGGCGCCGUGCACAUCAACUCAAUGACGGUGCACGACGAGUAUACGCUGCCGCACGGGGGUGUGAAGAAGAGCGGAUUCGGGCGGUUCAACGGGUCCCAGGGCAUGGAUGAGUUUCUGUACUAUAAGACUGUGACGUGGCAGGAGUAG